AUGAACAUGAAUCGCUGGGCAAGGCUUUUCACAUGGCAACACAUGAACAAGGAUGGCAAAGAGGAAGAGACUAAGGGACAAGAAUCAAAUGAGAAGAAGAAAGAGGCGACUCCAAAAAUAAACUGGAAGGAAUGGGUAGUAGAUCCAUCUGAAGAGUUUUACUACACAUGGUUGCAAAUUAUGAUACUCCCUAUCUGCUACAACUGGGUCAUCAUAAUAUGCAGGACAUGUUUUUAUGACAUUGAGGAGAUGUAUUUGGCAACAUGGCUCACCCUGGACUAUAUCUGUGACUUGUUCUAUGUGGUUGACACAGUCAUCGGGGUUCGCACAGGUUUUCUGGAGCAGGGCAUCCUGGUGCGAGACUUGUCCCGUUUGAAGAUGCGUUACCUGCGCUCCUCUCGAUUCAAGUGGGACAUCGCCUCCUUGUUGCCCACUGAUCUGCUCUACCUGCAGCUGGGAAUCCACACACCUCUUGUUCGGGUCAAUCGCUUUCUGCGCACAAGCCGUUUGAAUGAAGCAUUAGAUCGCAUGGAAACGCGCACAGCCUAUCCGAACACCUUCCGCGUCGCUAAACUGAUGCUGUAUAUUUUUGUGCUUAUCCACUGGAACGCAUGCAUCUACUUUUCUCUUUCUAAUUACCUAGGUUUUGGUAUGGAUGAAUGGGUCUAUCCCAACAUCUCUGACCCUGAAUUUGCAUCCACGAGACGCCAGUACUUUUAUAGCUUCUGGUUUUCCACUCUCAUCCUCACCACAGUUGGUGAUACUCCGCCGCCCACGUGUGAGGAAGAGUAUCUUUUUCUGAUCGCUGACAUGUUAAUCGCAGUGCUGGUGUUCGCUUCAGUAGUAGGGAGCAUGGGUGACGUAAUAUCAAGCUUGCGUGAUCGUGACAACGUGUUCUUUCCCAAUCACGAGCUGGUGAAGGGUUACCUGCGCAGCAGGAAAAUCAGCAAAGAACUCCAGAAACGAGUCAACGACUGGUACCAGCAUCUGCACAUCAACAAAAAGAUCACACGGGAGAAUGAGAUUCUUCAACACCUUCCAAUCACACUGCAGACAGCAACUGCCGUGAGCGUACAUCUGCCCACCCUGUCUAAGGUCACCAUCUUUCAGAACUGUGAGAACAGCCUGCUAGAGCAGCUGGUGCUCAAACUCAUCCCACAGGUGUAUAGCCCGGGAGAGUAUGUGUGCAAGAAGGGUGAUGUAGGUCAUGAGAUGUACAUCAUUAAAGAAGGGAAGCUGGCAGUGGUUGCAGAUGAUGGAGUCACUCAGUUUGCUGUCCUAGGGGAUGGAAACUUCUUUGGAGAAAUCAGUAUCCUGAAUAUCAAAGGUAACAAGUCGGGCAACAGAAGAACAGCUAAUAUUCGCAGCAUUGGUUACUCAGAUCUCUUCAGCCUGUCCAAAGAGGGCCUGACUGAAACCCUUCUUGAGUUCCCUGCGGCCAAGCGCCUGUUGGAGGAAAAGGGUCGUCAGAUCCUGACGAAGAUGGGCAUGUUGGAUGAGAUGGAUGAAGGAGAGGGAGAUGUGGAGAAAACGGAGGACAAGGUGAAGCGCUUAGAGGCCAGCCUGGAGACUCAGCAGACCAAGCUGGCUCGCCUGAUAGCUGAACUGGAGUCAAGUGCCCGCAAAAUGAUGCACAGAGUGGUACAACUGGAACUGCAGACCGAAGAGUGGGAAGGCAUUGUGGCAGAGGGCGCACAGGAAGAGAUGAAAGAGUAUGAAAUAGUGAAAGAGAGGGAGAUUGGAGAUGGAAAAGGGGAAGGAGAGAAGGAAGAUGAAGAGGAGCCAAUGAAAGAGGGGGAGAGAGGAGAGGGUGAUGGAGGAGAGGAGAGCCUGGAAGAAAAGGAGAAAGGAGUCAGAGGGGCAAGUGAUAACGAAAAAGAAGAGACAGAGGAAGGGGUAAAAAAAGAAACACAUCAGGAUAAGAAAAGAGAUGGAAAGUAG